UUGUAUAAUUGUAGAGAGUAAGUAAGCACUUUUUUGCUAUCUUCCAUAAAGCCACCCAUUUAAAGGAGUAGUGAUGAUGAACCACUUGCUCAACCUGGAUACAGCAAACUACUCUGUAAAGUGAAAUUUGAAGGAAUAUAUUGACGUUUAAGGCUACUUUCAGAUAAUUGCAACAGGUUUUAGUAACGAAGUAUAAAUUUUAUCGCCAGAAGUACAGUUAAGGGACGAUAUUUAACAGGAUUAAGCAGAUUCUUAAACAAAGAAGGUCUUUUCGUUUGUGGCUUACUUUGUCGUAUUGCUUUUAUCUUAAUCAUUAAACAAGAAAGUUUGUAAUCGUCCCGUUUUCUUACAUCUCUGUCCGCUUUCUAGUUUGUUCAUUUAAAAGCUAAUUGCCCAUUGGCUUCACUUAGCAUAACGCACAUUUGUUUAGCAUUUUACAUCUUUCUCUUAAAUUUUUAUGUACUUGCCUCUUUUAAGGAAUCAUCAUCACGACAACGUUUUCCCAUAUGUUACUAACACCUCUGGGGUGGAUCCCAUCAUUCGAUUGAAUGAUCGACCGGUUCAACCGGAUCCUACAAAGCAUAUCUAUCAAGAAAAGAAGCUUUCUCGGUGCACAAAUUUAACUUAUCCAGCGCGUGAAUGGAUCUUGCUUUCUACGUGUUCUAGUUUGCGAGUUGCAAUAGCGCUUGCAGAGCCUGUCUUGUAUUUACCUGGAACCAAUUCAAAUGAAAUUGAAAGUGAAAAGUCAGCAGUGCUUCGUGGAUCUCUUUGCUUGCAUGUAUUGAAACCUGUCAAGCUUCGUAAAGUGCAGCUAACUCUUCGAGGAAAAGCUAGGACCGAGUGGCCAGAAGGAAUCCCUCCAAAAUUGUUUGAAACAUACGAGGAACACAGUCUUUUAUCACAUUCUUGGCUAUUUUUUCAUAGCGACAAUGUAGGAAACAGCACAAGUCAUGGGGCCGCAUGGUACAAGACUAUCCCUCCUUAUACUGACGAACAACAUCAACCAAGAUCGAAUGAAUGUUUUUAUCCAGGAGAAUAUGUCUAUCAUUUUGAAUUGCCAAUUUCUUGCUCUUUUCCGGAAUCCAUCCAUAUGGAUAUGGGUAGUGUAAAUUAUUACUUGGAAUCCCUUGUUGAUCGUUAUGGUACCUUUUCUGGAAAAAGCACUGGCCGCUUGGGCUUGGAACUCAUUCGGAGUCCUUGUAGUUCUACUGUUGCGACUGCAGAGCCUAUCCUGGUUUCAAAAAAUUGGGAAGAUCGUCUCAAAUAUGAAAUUCAGUUGGGAGAAAAGUCUCUCAUUAUGGGACAACUGAUUCCUAUCACAUUUAAAUUUACUCCUCUUGGUAAUGUUCAGAUCCACAAGAUACGUUUGUUUUUAAUGGAAAGAAGAUAUUAUUACUGCAGACAGCGGACAAUCCGUCGUAAAGAGAAAACCAGACAGUUGUUAUUGUACGAACGAUCAGCUCCUCGAGAUCAAUGUCUGCUUUCUCAGUGGAAAACGAUGGGAGGGAACGUGUAUGAGAUGGUUGAUCAAUUGCGGAUUCCCGGUUGCCAUGAUAUGUCUGCUAAUAUAGUGCACUUUGAUACCACUUAUCCAAAUAUCCGAGUUACUCAUACCUUACGAACGGUUCUUCGGUUCUCAUGUAACGAUUCCCCAGAAUUAAUGGGUGAUGCAAAGUUUUUAGAAAUUUGUAUUGAUUCUCCCGUCCAACUGCUGUCUUGUCGUUGCUCACAAGACUCCACCAUCUUACCCGCUUAUUGUGCGCGUGUGCCAUCCAGUGAAGUGCUCUGUGCAUAUGAGGGCACACCAAUUUAUGAUCCUUCUUCCUAUUUUAAUUACACCUGUCCGGAGGUUGUUGGUGCAUCUUCUCCAUCCAUAGAUGAAUGGCCAUCAGUUUCAUUUCAGGUCCCUCCACCCAAGUAUGAUGAUAUAUUUGAUGGUGGCUUAACAGAGUAAUGACUGAGCACGUUUGUGUCUUCAUCCGGUAAUUCCAACGGUGUUAUGGACAGCCUUAUUGCGUGCUUUUCCUGGACUUCUUUUGAUAGACCAUAUGCUUGUUUGUAUAUAAUCUGCUUUUUUUAGUUUAUUGGAAGUACACUUCUGAGAUAAACAUAUCAUAUUUCGGUUAUUUAUAAUUUAAUACCUACGUUUUUGAUUAAUCAUAAUAAUAAAUAAUUUACCGCUA